GGCAAGAUGGCUGCUGAGAAGCAGGUCCCGGGUGGAGGUGGUGGCGGCGGCGGCGGCAGCGGCGGCGGCGGCGGUAGCGGCGGUGGACGCGGCGCCGGAGGAGACGAGAAUAAAGAAAACGAACGCCCUUCAGCCGGAUCGAAGGCAAACAGAGAAUUCGGGGAUAGCCUGAGUUUGGAGAUUCUUCAGAUUAUUAAGGAGUCCCAGCAGCAGCAUGGCUUACGGCAUGGAGACUUCCAGCGGUACAGGGGCUACUGCUCUCGAAGACAAAGGCGUCUCCGGAAAACACUCAACUUUAAGAUGGGGAACCGACACAAAUUCACCGGAAAGAAAGUAACCGAGGAGCUCCUGACUGAUAACAGGUACUUGCUGCUGGUUCUGAUGGAUGCAGAAAGAGCCUGGAGCUAUGCCAUGCAACUCAAACAGGAAGCCAACACCGAGCCUCGAAAACGGUUUCACCUGCUGUCUCGCCUUCGCAAAGCUGUGAAGCAUGCCGAGGAACUGGAACGCUUGUGUGAGAGCAACCGCGUGGAUGCCAAGACCAAGCUAGAGGCUCAGGCCUACACAGCUUACCUCUCAGGAAUGCUGCGCUUUGAACAUCAAGAAUGGAAAGCUGCCAUUGAGGCUUUUAACAAGUGCAAAACUAUCUAUGAGAAGCUGGCCAGUGCGUUCACAGAGGAGCAGGCUGUGCUGUACAACCAGCGUGUGGAAGAGAUCUCGCCCAACAUCCGCUACUGUGCUUACAACAUAGGGGACCAGUCAGCUAUCAAUGAACUCAUGCAGAUGAGACUGAGGUCUGGGGGCACAGAGGGGCUCCUUGCUGAGAAACUGGAGGCCUUGAUCACUCAGACUCGAGCCAAGCAGGCGGCUACCAUGAGUGAGGUGGAGUGGAGGGGGAGGACGGUUCCGGUGAAGAUCGACAAGGUGCGGAUCUUCUUACUGGGACUGGCCGACAAUGAAGCUGCAAUUGUCCAGGCUGAAAGUGAAGAAACAAAGGAGCGGCUGUUCGAGUCCAUGCUCAGUGAGUGCCGAGAUGCCCUGCAGGCCGUGCGGGAAGAGCUCAAGCCUGACCAGAAACAGAGAGAUUAUACCCUUGAUGGAGAGUCGGGAAAGGUUUCUAAUCUCCAGUACCUGCACAGCUACCUGACCUACAUCAAGCUGUCAACAGCCAUCAGGAGGAACGAGAACAUGGCUAAAGGGCUGCACAGGGCUCUGCUGCAGCAGCAGCCAGAAGACGACAGCAAGCGCUCUCCCAGGCCUCAGGACCUCAUCCGGCUCUAUGACAUCAUUCUGCAGAAUCUGGUGGAAUUGCUGCAGCUUCCUGGCUUAGAAGAGGAUAGAACCUUCCAGAAAGAGAUAAGCCUCAAGACCCUGGUGUUCAAAGCUUACAGGUGUUUUUUCAUUGCUCAGUCCUACGUGCUGGUGAAGAAGUGGAGCGAAGCCCUCGUGCUCUAUGACAGGGUUCUGAAGUACGCAAAUGAAGUCAGUUCUGAUGGGGGCGCCUUCAAGAACAGCCUGAAGGACCUGCCUGAUGUGCAAGAGCUCAUCACUCAAGUGCGGUCGGAGAAGUGCUCGCUGCAGGCUGCAGCCAUCCUGGAUGCAAACGACUCCCAUCAAGCAGAGCCAUCUUCUCAAGUCAAAGACAAUAAGCCUCUGGUUGAACGGUUUGAGACCUUUUGCCUGGACCCUGCCCUCGUCACCAAGCAAGCCAACCUCGUGCACUUCCCACCAGGAUUCCAGCCCAUCCCCUGCAAGCCUUUAUUCUUUGACCUGGCCCUCAACCAUGUGGCCUUCCCACCUCUCGAGGACAAGUUGGAGCAGAAGACCAAGAGUGGCCUCACAGGAUACAUCAAGGGCAUCUUUGGAUUCAGGAGCUAACCAGGCUCUUCCUCGGGGGCAGGGAGGCCCUGACUUACUCUAUAUUGUGAGACAGACCCAGCAAGUUCCAUGGCAUUAAAUCCAGGUCUGCAAAUGGCUGGCGGGCAAAGCUCAGCAUCUCAGCCCUGAGUCCCUACAUCUUGUGUGUUUGUGACUUACUUUCAUAACCUGUCAUCUGCUGGGCCCAGAGUCGGGGUCUCUGUCCCCUGUGCCUCCUGGGGACUACUGCUGUCCUAGCCCUUGUAAGCCAUGGCUGAUCACUUUUGGUCAAUGUGUUUGGGAGUUCCAUACCAGACUCGGGGGAUCUUGGGAGUGUUUGUCCUCGGUCCUCGGUCCCAUGGAUUUGAAACAAACUCCUCCUCUCUCUGAGCAUCCAGAAUCCCCUGAAGUCUGUCAGUGGCUGAAGCAUGGGCAGUGUACCCCAGGAUUAUGGUCAGCCUUACCCCUCCUCUGAGAACAAGCAGAGCUCUCUAUUUUUAACUAUGUUACACAUAAACAAUGAAACCAAAUCUUCUAUUAAAAGACAAAGAUGAUGGAGACUGUGCCCAUUCUUUCCUCAGCGGCCGCGAGGGCAGGUGCGUCCUGCCUGGCCAGCCCAGCUGCUGCCAGAGUGCCCAUCUGUGAGUGCAGAUGCCAUCCCACUUCCGUCCUCUUCCUCCAUACCCUGUCGCUGUUUUCUGUGGACAUACUUUUCUCUAAUUUCUGCUACAGCAUCAGUAAUGGACAUCCCAACAAGCAGUGUAAGAAAGAAUAAACCUCUGGAGUCCCUUUGGAGAGCAAAGGUUCUUUGUUCUACCGUGGAGGGGGAAUCCACCAGGAAUGAAAUGUUGGCUCCAUGUGGUUCAGACCAGAACACACUGGAUGGAGCAAGGGCAGACUGUAUCCCAGCAUGCAUACCUGCAUACCGGGUGGAGGAAACAUGCCGGGGUUCCGGAGACGCCCUAGGCAAUUGCUUGGGCAUCAGGGAGCCUCGAAGCAGUUUAUUAUGUAUAAUUUUGUCUGUUCUGGGACUCAUUAUUUUUUUUUUGUUUUGAAGUUUAACAAUCUGCUUGUGAUUUAAGAAUUUCCUUUGCCCCUCUGCCUCCCUCCCUUCCCUCGCUCUGAAGAUAGAGCAAGAUGGCUGACAAGAGCUGACAGCUGGCUUUAGUACAACGUGCGAGGGGGUGCCAGGUCAUAUAAUUUUCUUUGGGGAUUGGUGAUGGAGCCCAGGUCCUGCACACACUGGGUCUGCCCUACUCCUUGGUGCUGCAGCAGCACAGGCUGCGGCCAUGGCUCUGUGUUGGAUAGAGGGCUACUCAA